AUGGAGCAAAGUACCGAUAUGGAGAAUACUUUGCAGAUCUCACCUUCAUCUUUGCUGGACCAAUUGCUGUCCCUAGAUCAAUCUUCGAUGUCGAUGGAUCAAUCAUCUUCGAUGUCGAUGGAUCAAUCUGAUAACUCAUUGCAGCUUACCCUGUUGAAUGUCAAUCUUGGACGCCCUUCGAAUCCUGAUCAAGCCGAUCGUCAAGCAAACGAGUCUACGGAACUAGACGAACUACCUCCUCCACCGGCUCCCAAACGUCGCCGCCGCACCCAGGAGGAGAUGGAUGUCUUUCGUGCUGAGCAAGAGCAGGCUCAACUUCGUCGCAAGCAAGAACGAGAGAUGGCAAAACUCAUCAAAAAUCAAGAAAAGGAAGCCCAAAAGCAGGCAAGGGAAGCUGAAAAACAGGCAAAAGAAGCUGAUAAGAGAAGGAAAACGCGAAGUGGAUCGAGAUCGACCAGAUCGAGUGGCUCGGAAGAUGCUGACGAUCGAGGCAAGCAAUUUGUGCAUAGCGACUUUGAGAACAUCUGUUCAUAUCUCGAGAACUCUCAACAUUAUACCGAUUUGUAUGGUGAUGGGUCAAAGACUGGGGUGGGAACGACGAAAAUGACGAAAACACAGGCUUUCGACGUCUUUGCAGUGUGGAUGAAUAACACGAAUCCCGACUUACUCCUCAAUGGCAGGAGAUUACAGCUUCGAAUUGAUCGAUACAAGAAAAAAUACUUAGAAGCUAAACGGUUUGAAGAGAAUACCGGCGCUGGAAUCGAGAGUAGUGAAGGACCGCAAACACUCGCAGAGGCUCUAGAGAAGAUAUGUCCAUGUUUUGAUCGUAUUGACGCUAUCUUACGAGACAAAGCCAAUGUCGUUGCCAUGCUGGAAUUUGACCACUCACAACCCGGCCUUGAGCUCCCUCCGAUUGACGAAGAAAGUGACAGAAGUCAAGAAGGCGAUCUUCCCACUGGGCAACGGCUCGAACCUGUUACCUCCUCAAUUGAUCAAGUGGAAGAGACCGCUGGGUCUGAGUCAUUGGGGAGGGACCCUACCCAAGAAUCAUCAACCGACGAAUUCACUGAUUCUCUGCCAAACAGUACUCCACUGAGCCGCUCGAUUCAUCUUGGAACGGCAACAGGAAAUCCCUCGUCCCAAUCUGCUCAGGGCGAUCCCCAAUCAGUCGACAAGGGCUCAACCCAGCCAACGACACCGACUCCGAGUGUCCCCGGUGGGGGUGGGAGACAAUCAGCUCGCGGCCGUCAAACACCUCUUGGCAGGUGCUCCCAGUUGGCUUCGAUCUCGGCAAGUUCGCCAUCAAACCCUCCUCAACAAGCGCCAAAGGUCUCGUUGGCGACCGCAUUCUCAAGCUCGGCCGACUCCCGAUUUGCAAUCAUCGAGCGUCAAUUACAAGUUGAGGAACAAAGAAUGCAGCGUGAGGACGCCCGCGACCAAAAAAAAGAAGCGCGAGAAGAUUCAAGAGAAGCACGAGAGGUAGACCGAUGGAAUAGGCAACUUGAUUGGGAGCGAGAAAGAUACAAUCGUGAGGAAAAGCGGGCUGAAGAAAAAGAAACGAAGGAAGUAGCGCUUCGGAACGAGAAAAAAAAGAUCAUCAUGGAACUUGUCAACCAGGGGAGGACUCAGUCCGAGAUCGAGGCAUACAUUAGGCUGAUUUAUGAUUAG